UUAAGUUGUGGAGUUCCUCAGGAUUCUUGCCUUGGUCCCCUGCUUUACGUCAUCUACGCAUCUAAACUGUUUGACAUAAUCGAAAAGCAUCUUCCAGAUGCUCACUGCUUUGCAGAUGACUCCCAGCCAUAUUUGGCAUUUAAGCCUGAUAGCUAUAUGGAGCAGAACAAAGCCUUAGCUGCGAUGGAAAACUGUAUACGUGACAUCCGCUCAUGGAUGAGAAACGACAGACUCUUAUUGAAUGAUGACAAAACCGAAUUCCUCAUUAUAGGUACUAAACAGCAACUUACCAAAGUGAAUAUUUCUCAGAUCAAAAUUG